AUGGGUGGCGAUCUGAACCUGAAGAAGUCAUGGCACCCAUCGCUGCUCCGCAACCAGGAGCGCGUAUGGGCGGAGGAAAAGCGCGCGCUCGAGGAGCGCAAGCAAAUCGACCAGCUCCGGCGCGAGCGCGAAGAGGAACGCCAGAUCCAAGAACUGCAGCGACUGCAGGAAAGCUCCGGCAAGGCCAAGCAGCAUAACCGUGUCGACUGGAUGUACCAAGCGCCGUCCAGCGCGACAGGCCAAUAUUCCGAGGAGAUGGAGGGGUACCUGCUGGGCAAGCGACGCAUCGAUGGGAUCCUGCUGAAGAACGACGCGGAUAGCCAGAAGCUUGUCAAGGGCUCCGACAUGGUGGGCCCGGAUGCGGGCGCUGCGCCGGGUCCGUCAGUUGGGUCUGCGCGUGAUACUAUGUCUAAGGUUAUGGCCGAUCCGUUACUGGAGGUGAAGAAGAGGGAGCAGGUUGCGUACGAGGCGGCGGUUAAGGAGAGGGUUCGCCAGAAGGAGAGGGAGGAGAGACGCAAUCGCGAUAGUAGUGGCCCGGGCCGCGAUCGUGAUCGUGACCGUCGUCGUCAUGCGCAUGACUCUAAGCGCAGGCGAUAUAGCGAUGAUGUGGAGGAUGAACGUCGGCACCGUCACCAUCGGAGAUCGUCGCAUCGUCAUCGCUCCAGGUCGCCUGCGUCGCCCGAGCGAUCGCAUCGCAGACACCGCAGUGAGCGCGACCGUGGCUACGACCGUGAGCGCCGUGAUGUUAAAUACCGUGGGGGUGAACGUGACCGGCGAGACGACGAUACUAGAUCCCACCGAGACGACCGGGGCCGAGACCGUCGCGACCAUCGAGAAAAGAGAGACUCCUACUCUAGUCGGCCUCGGGACCGGGAUGACAGGCGCGAUCGGGAUCAAGCUUACGACCCCUCCCCACGACGAGACUCGCCCCGUCGACGCUCUCCGUCCCCUCGCCCGACUCAAAACCGCAACGGCCGUGAUGCGGACCACCGUCGGGACUAUCCCCGACGGGAUAAGCAACCGCGAUGGGACUUCAACAAUCGGGACCGAGGCCCGCCCUCUACACGCCCACCCCUGAACAGACCCGACCCCAAAGAACAAGAGGAAGAGCGUCGUAGCAAGCUCGCCGAGAUGCAGUCGAAUGCCAACGAGAUGGAGACUGAUCGACGCCAGCGCAUUACCGACAUCUCCGCUAAGGAGGAAGAGCAGAAAGAAUCCGAUGAUCGCCAGCGUUCUGACCGCGGUCAGUUCAUGUCCCAGAUGCACAAGCGCGCGCAGGAGGAUAGCCUGGACGAGCGGAUCCGGCGCAGUCGCGGUGGUCUGUCGAAGAUGGACGAGGAUUGA